GCUGGUGUCGCGGAGACGCGCGCCAGCGAAGGGACACAGUGUAGGACUGGUGCCCCCGAGGCCCGCGUCCCCCGCCGUGCGCUCCGCAGGCUGGCUCGGCCGCGGCCCCGCCCUCGGUGCGUCUGCGGCACAGGGCGGGGGCGCCUCGCCUCCUGCGGUCGCCAGCCAGGCCGGGGUGUCACCAGGCCGAGGGAUGCAGCCACCGAGCCCCGCAGAGUCGGGCCGCGCGGGCAGCCCGAGCGCUGCCGCCUAAUGGCUGCCCGGGAGCGGGGGCCCCUCCGCGCGUCCUCGGUGGGGCGCGUCCUCCCGCGAAGGUGACCCGAGGAAGGCGCCCCUCCCCGCUCCCGGAAACGCCCGCGCUUGGAACGCCGGCCGCUGCGAUGGAUUCGGGCCGUCUCCGCCUGCAGGUGGGGAAACUGAGGCCAGAGGGCAGCGGGGACUCCCCAAGGUUUGACUUAAUGAUUCUGGCCUGAGGUCCAGAAUGCUUUGUUCUUGGGACCAGACAUGACCAAAAGCUGACCUCAUGACCACUUCAACCUCUCCAGCUGCCAUGCUUCUCCGGAGGCUUCGGCGACUCUCCUGGGGCAGCACUGCUGUUCAGCUCUUCAUUCUAACUGUGGUGACAUUUGGCUUACUGGCCCCCCUGGCCUGCCACCGGCUCCUGCACUCAUACUUCUAUCUACGCCAUUGGCAUCUGAACCAGAUGAGCCAGGAGUUCCUGCAGCAAAGCCUGAAGGAGGGAGAGGCUGCCCUUCACUACUUUGAAGAGCUGCCCUCUGCCAAUGGUUCAGUGCCCAUCGUGUGGCAGGCCACCCCCCGCCCCUGGCUGGUGAUCACCAUUAUCACCGUGGAUAGGCAGCCUGGCUUCCACUAUGUCUUACAGGUAGUGUCCCAGUUCCAUCGGCUUCUGCAGCAGUGCGGCCCCCAGUGUGAGGGGCACCAGCUCUUCCUGUGCAAUGUGGAACGGAGUGUGAGCCAUUUUGACGCUAAGCUGCUCUCUAAGUAUGUCCCUGUGGCCAACCGCUACGAGGGCACCGAAGAUGAUUAUGGUGAUGAUCCUUCAACUAACUCAUUUGAGAAAGAGAAACAAGACUAUGUCUAUUGCCUGGAGUCAUCACUGCAGACCUACAACCCAGACUAUGUCCUGAUGGUAGAGGAUGAUGCCAUUCCGGAAGAACAAAUCUUCCCAGUAUUGGAGCACCUUCUGCGGGCUCGCUUCUCAGAGCCACACCUCCAAGAUGCCCUGUAUCUGAAGCUCUAUCACCCAGAGAGGCUACAGCACUACAUCAACCCAGAGCCCAUGCGGAUCUUAGAGUGGGUUGGCGUGGGCAUGCUGCUGGGUCCUGUGCUAACCUGGAUAUACAUGAAGUUUGCCUGCCGCCCAGGCUUCAGUUGGCCUGUCAUGCUUUUCUUCUCUCUGUACAGCAUGGGGCUGGUGGAACUGGUGGGCCGCCACUAUUUCCUGGAACUGCGGCGCCUGAGUCCCUCCUUGUACAGUGUGGUUCCUGCCUCUGAGUGUUGCACCCCAGCUAUGCUCUUCCCUGCCCCUGCAGCCCGCAGGACCCUCACCUACCUGUCCCAGGUGUACUGCCACAAGGGCUUUGGCAAGGACAUGGCACUGUACUCUCUGUUGAGAGCCAAGGGGGAGCGGGCCUAUGUGGUGGAGCCCAAUCUUGUGAAACACAUUGGGCUCUUCUCCAGCCUCCGGUACAAUUUUCAUCCCAGUCUACUCUAGGAGUGCCAAGAAAUGCCUUUCUGCGAUUGGCUAUUUCCUGGAGAGGCACAGUGAACUCUUCAUGUAGACAUGGUUGCUUGCAGAUAUUCCAUUGUUUAAUGUCUCUAGGUGUAAACAUACUGGGACAGCGGAGGAAGGCAUCUGAGUCAAGAGCCUUGACUGGUAAUCGCCCAGCAAGAGCAGCAGUUUGCCACAGGUCUGGAUCUCUGUCCCUCCACACAGCCACACUGCCUCAUGCAGUCUAUCCCACUCAAUGAGGAUGAAUGUCAAUGACAGUUACCUUCUCCCAUUGUCUGUAAGCUCUGCCUCAUGUCAGAGCUUAUGACUGCCAAAAAUCUUGUGCACAGUGGUGUAAGACUUGUGUUAGGAUUUUAAGGGUAGAGUUUGGUAAGCAGUCAAAUGCUUUUGAAUGGAUUCCUUUCUCAUAGGUAUGAGAAUGGAUGUGUGCUUAGAUUAUAUGCCCAAAGAGGCAGGGCCAUGUUGACAUAUUCUAUUUGUUUUCCUCAACCUGGUGUAAUAAAUAUGAAAAAGUUGUGCUGCGCCA